AUUAUCCAAUCAUAGAAGUAACAAGAAAGAAACAGGUUGCGUUUGUGACUUUCUCCACAAGAAUCAAACAUCUUCUUCUUCUUCUUCUUUCAUUCCAUCAAUCUCUCUAAGUAAAGAUGAAUAAAGGCAGCAGCUUUAAGCUUGAUAACGAUUUCGAAAAGAGGAAAGCUGAAGCAGGAAGGAUCAUAGAGAAGUACCCUGAUAGAAUACCGGUGAUUGUGGAAAAGGCUGAGAAAAGUGAUAUCCCAGACAUUGACAAGAAAAAAUACCUUGUGCCAUCAGACCUAACAGUUGGGCAAUUUGUGUAUGUGAUUCGGAAGAGAAUCAAACUAAGUGCAGAAAAAGCUAUCUUCAUAUUCGUAGAUAAUGUCCUUCCUCCUACAGGAGAGAUUAUGUCAAGCGUCUAUGAGGAGAAGAAAGACCAAGAUGGCUUCCUAUACAUCACUUACAGUGGCGAGAACACAUUUGGUGCUUCCUCAAUCUAAACCCCACUGAUGUUCCCCUUUUUCAAUUUGUGUAUAUAGUUCUAAUAAUAAUUUAUGGUCUAUCUAUGUUCUUGCACUUUGUUAAAAUGUAUAAAGACUAAUAUUGAAACAUCCUCGUAAUUCGCUUUAUUA